AAAAAUCAAUAAUACAGCUUUGGUCUCUCGUUCAAAGUCGAGAUCGCCAGGGGAACAAAUCAGCAGAAAGAAAGCGCUGUGUUGUGUGUGAGAUAUUGUGCAGCAUUGUUAGCAUUAACGUAAUUGUUCCAGCAAACAACAGCGCGCGACACCAUGGCCGACAACGAGCAGAAAGCGAUGCAGCUGAUUGCGGAAGCGGAGAAAAAACUGAACUCGUCCAAAAGUUUCUUCGGCUCGCUAUUCGGUGGCGGCUCGAACAAGGUCGAGGAGGCCGUAGAAUGUUACCAGCGGGCGGCAAAUAUGUUUAAGAUGGCUAAGAAAUGGAGCCAGGCCGGAUCGGCCUUCUGUGAGGCGGCCAACCUGCACGCCAAGGCGGGCAGCCGACACGACGCGGCCACCAACUACGUGGACGCAUCGAACUGCUACAAGAAAACCGACCCAAAUGAAGCGGUCAACUGUCUGCUGAAGGCAAUCGACAUUUACACCGAUAUGGGCCGGUUCACGAUGGCUGCGAAGCAUCAUCAGAGCAUUGCGGAAAUGUACGAAAAUGAAGCAAACGAUUUGCAAAGGGCGGUGCAGCACUACGAACAGGCGGCCGAUUAUUUCAAGGGCGAAGAAUCCACCAGCUCGGCCAACAAGUGCAUGCUGAAGGUGGCCCAGUACGCGGCCCAGCUGGAGGACUACGAGAAAGCGAUACAGAUCUACGAGCAGGUGGCCGGCUCGUGCCUCGACAGCUCGCUGCUGAAGUACAGCGCCAAAGAGUACUUCUUCCGUGCGGCCCUGUGCCAUCUGAGCGUGGAUCUGCUGAACGCUCAGCACGCGAUGGAGAAAUACGCACAACAGUACCCGGCAUUCCAGGACUCGCGAGAGUACAAGCUAGUAAAGACGCUGUGCGAACAUUUGGAGGAACAAAACGUGGAUGGGUUCACUGAAGCGGUCAAGGAGUACGACAGCAUCUCCAGGCUGGACCAGUGGUACACCACGAUCCUGUUGCGAAUCAAGAAGCAGGCCAACGACAAUCCGGAUCUGCGAUAAGCAGCUCACCACCAAGAAUAUCUAUCAAAAUCCGCUCGUUUUGGUCUAUUUGUGCGCGCCUCCUCCCCUUCCAGGCGGCAUUAUAAUCACACGUACAUACACACGGACAUACACAAACCAAGACCUGUUUGUUUAAGUUUUUAAACUGUUGUGUUUUUGCGGUUCGAAACUAUUGUUUUUCGCGGGCGUGUUGUGUCCGCGCACCGAACCGAUUAAAUGCAUGACACUCUUCACUCUGUCGUUUCGUGCGGUUACCCAAAUACAGCCGAAACCGAUGGUGGUACGGGCGUAUAUCAUACCUUUUAAAACUCAUCUAUCCCACUGGAAUUAAUGGAAAACGUAAGCCACAAUUUUAUCGUCUCUAGACGCUCUAGAAUAUUGAUAACAAAAGGAAACACCCACACAAACUAUUCGCUACAACACAGUAAACUGUAAAAAAGUGUCGCUAUUUAAAAAAAAACACCCUCCCUUUUCGUAGUGUAAUAACCAUGCCACCACCCCCUACCCCUGCUCCUCUUUGGCAGGGUGCAUCGAGAUCUGUUGAUCCCUGUUAACCUCGAACCACGCGGCAACCUCCAUUUGGAAUUGCGUUUGCGCAUGUACGUACGUUGAGUCUUACAACACUUAUAUAGCAAUGCUUAUUAUACAUUGUUUUUUUUUUUUGUUAAUAAAUUAAACAGCAUUAGAUAAAUAAGUGGUUAAGGCAUGGAGCUGUUCCACACCGAAGCAAACGGACCAGGCGUACAUACACACAUACACAACACUCACACAACAGACCACCGUGGUGGUACCGGGCCGGUGGUCCAGGAACGGAUUGCAAUUGAGUGAAAUUAGCUGGAAGAUCGUGGCCAGAGGAAACCGAGAACUGAGCAAGCAAGUAGCUUUUUCCCGCCUCUCUGUACACGCCACAUACACACACGCCCUCCCACCGGGUCACGUGGAUUUGUUUGCGCUCAUUGUUGUUUUGCUGCAAAAAAAAAAACACACACACACACACGUAUAAAUAUAUAUAUAGAUUAUGCCUGCCAGAAGAAUAGCGAAACAAAAACAAAAAAUCGUUCAAUAGGCUAGUGAAUGCGAUCCUUUCGGUGUACGGGGCAGACGGGGCAGGUGGACGAAUGGGUCACGCGUGCCAGAAGUCUGUACCGCUUAGUACGAAAGAUGCAUUAACAACGUAAAGAAUAGUAAUGAUUCGCGCUACAAUUCGACAUAAUACCGCAAAAGGUAUAGAAUUCUAGUAAACAAAAAGAGUAACCAAACACUCAAGCCAGUACGUAUCUUACGUCCCACUCCUCCACCUCCUCCCCCUCCACCAGCAGAAGGGACAGCAGUCACAGACAGAGUGCUUGCUGCAGGUGCAGUGGAUCAGUGGACACAUUGUUGCUACCAAAAUCUACCCAUGCAUUUGUGGCGUACGCAGGCUCGUGUGCAAAUGUUUAGAUCCCUUAGCCACGCGUAGUUAAACCAGACCGCGCCCCGAAUCCCUACCACGUGCGAUGCGGAUAGGAUGUUGGUAUAUGAGCGGAGCGAGAGAGAAAUCGGCCCGAAAGAGAGUAAGAUACACACGAUCGAGUACGAUCGAGCGAAAUUAAUAGCACCACUAGCGAAACCCAUAGUUAAAAUGGGCCUGGCAAUGAAGGGGGCUGGUAUUAUCACUUUCUUGCUAAACAAAACUCACAACAACAACAACAAAAACAUACAUUAAAUCUAUUAUUAAUGUACACGAAUAUGGAGAGGGAAUAGUACAGCAUUACUAUAUAUACAUAUAUUCUCGAGCAAAUUGCGACAACAGACAGCGAAAACGGACAAGCAGCAGGGAAGCAGAUGGGACAGAGAUAGAUGAGAGUGGGAGCGGGGUGAAAAAAAAAACAACAAAACUAUACUAACGAUUACAUGUUUCCAAUUGAAUUGCAAUAACAAAACUACCGUGAAUGAAGUCAAUAAAGUAAAAUCAACGCUAUAAACGCUAAAUAAAAA